AUGGCGACGCAGACGGAAACUGUGGCCAAGGGCCUUCCGGCGCAAUCGCCAACCGACAUUGAGAAACAGCAGGUCCUUCACCAGGAGCAUUCUCAUGUGCUGGACGACGAGAAGAGGCCUGCUGUGGCGGUCGAUUACUCUGGAGCUGCGGCCAAGACUGACCCUACGGAGAUCAAGCUCGUGAGGAAGUUGGAUCUCUGGGUGAUGCCAACUCUUUGGUUGAUGUACUGGCUCAACUACCUCGACCGCAACGCAAUAGCCCUAGCCCGACUCAACGGCCUCGAAAAGCAACUUGGCCUCAGCAGCGUCGAAUACUCCACCAGCGUCUCCAUCCUCUUCGUCGGCUACAUUCUUGGCCAGAUCCCCAGCAACAUGAUCCUAACCCGCGUGCGGCCUUCCUGGUACAUGGGCGGCUUCAUGAUGGCCUGGGCCGUGGUCUCCGCCCUCACGGCCGUGGUGAAGGAUUACAAAGGGCUAGUGCUCACGCGCUUCUUUCUAGGUGUCGUCGAGGCGCCGUAUUACCCCGGCGCUCUGUACAUCCUGUCCAUCUUCUAUACCAGGAAGGAGCUCGCGACGAGGAUUAGUGUGUUGUAUUCCGGGAAUAUUCUGGCGACUGCGUUUGCGGGGCUGAUUGCUGCGGGUGUGUUCCACGGGAUGGAAGGGUUGCAUGGGCUGGAGGGGUGGCGGUGGUUAUUCAUUUUGCAGGGCGCGGUGACGUUUGUGAUUGCCAUGAUGGCUUGUUAUACGCUUCCCGAUGAGCCUCUUACGACGAGGUGGCUUACGCCUGAGGAACGACAGCUUGCGCAUGAUAGGAUUGAGAGGGAUACUGUAGGUGCGAAGAUGCAGAGUAGUACUUGGGGUGGUCUGCGCGAGGCGAUUGUCGAUCCGAAGGUGUGGGUGUUUAUCUGGAUGCAGCAUUGCCAUCUUGCGACGAAUGGGUUCAAGAACUUCUUUCCCACGAUUGUGCAAACGCUAAAUUUCAACACGACGAUUACGUUGGUCCUGACGUGUCCGCCAUACCUCAUCGCUGGCAUCCUAUCCAUCGUCUGGGCGUGGAGCUCUGGACGUUUCAACGAGCGGACGUGGCACAUCACCAUUUCUAAAGCCGUUGCUGCUUUCGGGUUCAUCUUGGCUUGCGUGACGAUGAACACUGGUGCUCGGUACUUCGCCAUGACGGUGUUUACUAUUGGCACGUAUGGUGUAAACUCGAUCUUGCUCGGCUGGGUUGGAAGUACGUGCGGACAGACGAGAGAGAAGAAGGCCUCGGCGCUGGCGAUUGUGAAUACCAGCGCUAGUAUUAGCUUUAUCUGGACACCUUACUUGUGGCCCACAUCAGAUGCCCCAAGAUAUGUGAUCCCUAUGGCCAGCAGUGCGGCGUUUUGUGUGGCCUGCGCCGCUGGUGCAUGGUUGAUGAAGUGGAUGCUUGUGAGAGAGAACAGGAGGAUUCGGGCAAGCAAUUCUGAAGCCACGCUAUUUUAUGCCCAUUAA